CCCUCUGGAAGGGGGUGGGGCCGGGUUAAAGAGCGCCGCGUCACGUCCGGGAGACUUAGAGCCCAAGCGGAGGCGGCGCGGAGCGUUUCGGCUCUCAACGCAUCGGGAACCGGUGUGUAGUGCGAGGCUGCGGCGGAGCCUCUACACUGAAGGCGCGAGAGGUUGGCAGCUUCGAUUGAAGCACAUCGAGCGGUGACAGCAGUGGAAGUCAUGAGCGACAGCGGCGAGCAGAACUACGGCGAGCGGGUUAAUGUUGAAGAAGGAAAAUGCGGAAGUCGUCAUUUGACAAGUUUUAUAAAUGAGUAUUUGAAGCUCAGGAAUAAGUGAAGCUGAAAUUUGAAAAAAUAAAAGAAAGAAUGCAUGCUAAUUAUCAGACCAGAAGUCCCACUUGUAGAAUAUUGAGCAAUUUGUGUGAAGUGGGGAAGAUGAAAGAAGUCAGAAUUUGAAACGGAAGAAUGAAGAAAAGAAAUAAAAAUGAAGUUAAGAUAAGAAGUAAUCUGGAAUCAGAAAGCACUACGCUAAGAAUCCCGUUCUGCUUCCAGAAGUGGAAGUGCUCAUGGAUCUGGGAAAUCUGCAAGGCAUACCCCUGCAAGGUCUCGCUCCAAGGAAGAUUCCAGGCGUUCCAGAUCAAAGUCCAGGUCCAGAUCUGAAUCUAGGUCUAGAUCCAGAAGAAGUUCUCGGAGGCAUUAUACAAGGUCACGAUCUCGGUCCCGGUCCCAUAGACGAUCUCGUAGCAGAUCUUACAGCAGAGAUUAUCGAAGACGGCAUAGCCACAGUCAUUCUCCCAUGUCUACUCGCCGGCGUCAUGUUGGGAAUCGGGCAAAUCCUGAUCCCAACUGUUGUCUUGGAGUAUUUGGAUUGAGCUUGUACACUACAGAAAGAGAUCUAAGAGAAGUGUUUUCUAAGUAUGGUCCAAUUGCUGAUGUAUCUAUUGUAUAUGACCAGCAAUCUAGACGUUCAAGAGGAUUUGCCUUUGUAUACUUUGAAAAUGUAGAUGAUGCCAAGGAAGCAAAAGAGCGUGCCAAUGGAAUGGAGCUUGAUGGACGUAGGAUCAGAGUUGACUUCUCCAUAACGAAAAGACCACAUACCCCAACACCAGGAAUUUACAUGGGGAGACCUACCUAUGGCAGCUCACGCCGUCGAGAUUACUAUGACAGAGGAUAUGAUCGAGGCUAUGAUGAUCGGGACUAUUACAGUAGAUCCUACAGAGGUGGAGGUGGAGGAGGAGGAGGUUGGAGAGCUGCUCAAGACAGGGAUCAGAUAUACAGAAGACGGUCACCUUCUCCCUACUAUAGUCGUGGAGGAUACAGAUCACGUUCCAGAUCUCGAUCAUACUCACCUCGUCGCUAUUAAAGCAUGAAGUUGAAGACUUUCUGAAACCUGCCCUAGAGUUGGGAUAUUGUUUGUGGACAAUAUUUUUUAUUGUCUCCUGUUUAAAAAGUGAACAGUGCCUAGUGAAGUUAGGUGACUUUUACACCUUUUAUGAUGACUACUUUUGGUGGAGUUGAAAUGCUGUUUUCAUUCUGCAUUUGUGUAGUUCGGUGCUUUGUUCAAAGUUAAGUGUUUUCAGAAAAGUAUGUUUUGCAUGUAUUUUUUUACAGUCUAAAAUUUUGACUGCUGAGAAGUUUCUAUUGUACAGAACUUCAUUUAAAUGGUUUUUCUACUGAAUCCAGGGUAUUCUGAAGAUCGAAGCCUGUGUGUAAAAUGCUACCAAAUGGCAAAAAGCAACAAUAAAGUUUGGUUUUUACUUUUCUUUCUAACAUAUCAAUGCUUAGCAGAACUGUUCAGAUUAGAUUGUCAGUAGUAAAUUAAAGACAAAAAUGCCCGUUUUCCUCCAAUCCAUGAAACAUACCAUACUUAAUAUACCUGCAAUUAAGUGAUAAAAAUUACGCUCUGUAACUCUAUACUGCUAGUGUUAAAAACUAAAGAUCUUUCAAUACAGCAAAUGCUUACUGCUUAUAUAAUGUGAAUUUGUCAGCCUUUAUGUAAUCUGUAUUAUAUAUAGCAGGGAAUAAGAUGAGUUACACAAUGUAUGCCUUAAAAAGGCUAUUUCUUAAAGCUGUUACAAGGGGAUGGUAUUUCAGUUAUCAGCAGUGACAAUACAUUCCACCACAAAUGUACUCUUGUUCUUCUAGCUUUUAAGACUAUAUGGAAAAACUGGGUGCUUCAGAGUUUUUGAGAAAAAAAGAAGGGAACACUACACCUGUGUUGUGGAUGAUCUGAAGACUUUGCCUGUUCAUUUUUUAAAUAUUACUUUCAGGUCCUUUGCUUACCAAAGGAGGCCCAAUUUCACUCAAAUGUUUUGAGAACUGUGUUUAAAUAAAUGCAAAUGAAAAGAGUAAAAAGGCUGGUAAAACUCAGUUUAUAGAGAUUUUGUUUUAACCUUGCUACAUAGAGUUCUUUUAUAGUUUGUAGUCCCUUAUACAGUAUUCCUUGGACUAAGAUGUAUUCUUUCUGUUGUUAAAAUUGUUUUAAAUAGGUAAAUUUUGUACUCCUGGAAAAUACAUUUAAAGUAAGUAA